GUCAAAAUAUCAGAAAUCUCAAAAUCUGAUGUUUAAUGUCAUUUCGUAGUUAUACUAUAAAGCAAUAUUUGAUCAUUAGUAAAAAAACUAAAACUUUAUAAUUAUGCUGUUAAACUUACAUAAAUAAAAUUUGAAUUUGUACUAAAGCUUAGUGAAUAAAAAUAGUGCAUAGUUACGUAUCGAAAUGGGUUUAUUCGGUUCUUCUAAUAAUGCAGCUUUGACAGAUGAAAUUGCGACUGCAACGAGCGAAAAAAGCGAAGAGGAAGAUUGGGGCAUUAUUAUGAACAUAUGCGAUAACGCUGGCAAAACCGCCGAAGAUGCAAAAGCACAUCUUAAAGCCAUCACAAAUCGUUUAUUCAACCAGGACCCCCACGUUGGUAUUAAGGCAGUUAUCUUAUUGGAUGCUUGUGUUAAAAAUUCAGGGAAAACGUUUCACAUGGAAGUAGCUUCUAGGGAUUUUGAGAAUGAUUUUUCGAAACUGAUGUCUAAGGGACAUCCGACGGUUGCCAAAAAAUUACGAGAAUCUCUGAAAAAAUGGGCGGAAAACGAGUUCAAAUCUGAUCCACAACUGAGUCUUAUACCAACUUUAUUGAAUAAAUUGCGGAAAAACGGAUUGGAUUUUUCAGACAAUGACACGCCUGUUAAAAAAUCAACGCCGAUUAGUAAAGAUCCUAACGUAGUCGAAUCCCAAGAAGAAGAAGAUCAGAUUUUGAAAGCCAUCGAACUAUCGUUGAAAGAAAGCGGAUCUCCUCGAUCGGCAACAACAACAGUAUCACACACGCCAUCUUUGUAUCCAUCGAUGAACGUAACGGCAACUUCAGCGAGUCCUUCCGCAACCGUUACCAGGGAACCGAGAAAAGUUAGGGCUUUAUACGAUUUCGAAGCGGCCGAAGAUAAUGAAUUGACUUUUACUAGCGGUGAAAUACUUUUCGUGAUAGAUGACAGCGAUCCUAAUUGGUGGAAGGGUAGUAACCAAAGGGGGGAAGGUCUUUUUCCUUCGAAUUUCGUCACCGCGGAUUUAUCUUUGGAACCGGAAAAAUUUCUGUACGAAAAGGCGAAAAAGAUGGUUCAGUUCAAAGAUAAUGCGGAAAUUAAAGAUGUGAAAGAUGAACCAGAACACGUGGAAAUUAACGAAGAGAAAAUCGAUAGGCUGUUACAUUUAUUGCAUGAAGCCGAUCCCACGAAUCCUGAUAAGGAUACCGAAGAAAUGAUCAAUUUAGAAAGGGAAGUUAACGCCAUGGGACCCCUAAUAGAUUCCGAAUUAGAAAAAGUAGAUAGAAAACACGCGCAAUUAACCCAAUUAAGCGCCGAUCUGGUAGAAGCUCUAAGUUUGUACCAUACCCUUAUGAGAGAACCGACUUUUCCGCCUAUGAAUAAAAUCUCUUUCGCAUUUCCGACACCGUCUACGCCAAUGACGUACAAUGGAACUCUACCCCCGAAUACUCAUAUACCAAUGAUGCAACCGCCGCCCGGUAUGCAUUCAUCGGAUCGACCGCCUUUCAUGCAUCCCGGCGGGGCCGGGAUGAUGCCGCAUCAUUUCCAACAGAUGACCGGGCCGCAGAUGCCGCCUCCGCAAAUGGCCGUACAAAUACACCAGCCGCAGAUGAUGGACGAAAGGCAACAACAUAUGAUGCAAUACGGAGCACCAGGGUUACCAAACUACGGUCCUGGAAAUAUGGUAAGUCAACAAUAUCCAGUUGCGCCUCCCACAGGACAAACAGGACAACAGAAUAUUAAAAAUGGUUCCCAACAACCCUCAGGUGUUCAAUACGUAACUUCUAGUACGCAUAUGACGCAUUAAAAAGCGGCAUUUUGAAAGCUUGUGAUGUGAUUUAAUAUUUUUUUCAAAUAAUCAAUUACAUAUUAUUGAAAAAUAUUUUUCCUUUUUAGUUUUUAGUUAAAUAUUUCCAGAAAUGAUAAAUGAUAAAAAAAUAAUUAUUAUUAUUAUAUAAAUAUAUUCCAAUUAAAAAUAUAUAUUGUAUUCAUUA